AGAGAGCGAGCUCGAGAGCGCUGCGGCGGAGUUCAUAGGGCCUGCGAACGAAGCACUGGGAGGACAACGAAAAGCACGCUGAACGGGAUUUUCCAUUUCUUCUACAUGUACCAUAGCCGAGGCUAAUAGGGAUAAAGGCCGUUUCCAUCCGUAUUCCUUCUUUCCCCCCAAACUGUCGAGAGGCAACCUGUAAAGAGAGAGUCCAUGAAAGAUGUCAGAGGAGGCAGUUGUUAUUGCCAAGUGGGACUAUACGGCACAGCAAGACCAGGAACUUGACAUUAGGAAAAAUGAGCGCUUGUGGCUCCUGGAUGACUCCAAAACGUGGUGGCAUGUACGAAAUGCAUCCAACAGAACAGGCUACGUUCCUUCUAAUUACGUCGAACGCAAGAACAGUCUAAAGAAAGGCUCUCUGGUGAAAAAUCUCAAAGAUACACUUGGCCUGGGAAAAACGAAACGCAAGACGAGCACACGGGAAGCCUCUCCAACACCCAGCACAGAUGAGUACUCGUCUAAUGGGGGUGGAGCAGAUCGAAUAUAUGAUAUGAACAGUCCAGUGGUGGUGAAGUUUGCCUACAAUGCAGAGCGGGAGGAUGAGCUCAGCCUGGUGAAGGGAGCCCGGCUGAUGGUGAUGGAGAAAUGCAGUGACGGCUGGUGGAGGGGCAGCUAUAACGGUCAGGUGGGCUGGUUCCCUUCCAACUAUGUCCAGGAGGAGGAGGAGGUGGAGGACAUGUCAGCUGACCUCCCCGCUUUCUUCUCAUCACGGCUGGGCCUCAGUAAUGGCCAGGGCCCCAGAGUCCUUCACACUGUUCAAGCGCUUUACCCCUUCAGUUCCGUCACUGAGGAGGAGCUGAACUUUGAGAAGGGUGAGAUGAUGGAGGUGCUGGAGAAGCCAGAGAAUGACCCAGAAUGGUGGAGGUGUAAGAACCGCCGUGGGCAGGUGGGUCUGGUGCCAAAGAACUAUGUGGUUGUGCUCAAUGAUGGUCCAUUAGCCUUGGGUCCCCAUUCCCAACAGGACAGCUACACGGGACCCUCCCACAUGGGGAAAUUCGCCGGAAAGGACUGGUACUAUGACAACGUGACACGGCACCAGGCUGAGUGUGCACUGAAUGAGAGGGGGGUGGUGGGAGACUUCCUGGUGCGAGACAGCGAGUCCUCUCCGAGUGAUUUCUCAGUGUCUCUGAAAGCAGUCGGGAAGAACAAACACUUCAAAGUGCAGCUGUCAAAUGGAGUCUACUGUAUCGGUCAACGCCGCUUCAAUACAAUGGAUGAACUGUUAGAGCACUACAAGAAAGCUCCCAUCUUCACUAGCGAACAUGGAGAGAAACUUUACCUUAUCAAACCCCUCCAGUGACCUUCCACACACAAAUGAGCCUUACAACCAGACAUGACUGGACCUGACCAGAUCUGACCUCACACUGAGCCAAGUGAUCUGCAACUCCUAAUUACCGCUUAUUUCUCACCAGCAAACAGGGAACCUACUGAAUACCAACCCACAGGAAAAUCAUAGGAUGUUGUUUCCGCUGAGUACUCCUUUCUGUCCCUGUGGCUCUGUUACUUUAGCUCUUCUUUUCACCUGGAGUGGUUCACCCUUAAUUAAUAUCGCCUUUUCAAGUGAUAACUGAAGCACUUGCCCAUUGCCUUGAUGAUAGCUCAUUUUCUGUUCACACUUAGCCGACAUCGAGACGCAAGAAAGCCAACAGAUGCAGCCUUCAUCUGAUCCAGACUUAGACUGAUACAGUCGUUACAGGGCAAGCGCAAUAAUGCAGACUCAGAGGAAUUACAGUAAACUGUAUAUGCAUGGGAGUUGCCAAAAAUAGAGUUGGUGACAGGUACUUGUCGCCCCCUGCCGGAUGAACUGAGAAAUGCCAAUGGGAGGGUCUUAUGAGAUGAAUGUUUUGUAGAUGCUUAACCAAAUGUGCCACAUUUACAUUCAAACACUGUUUAUCUAAUAUAUCCUUUAUCAUUCUCAUUCAGAUUCACACAUCUGCA